AGCAACAGGAGGUAACAACACGACAGUCGAAGAGCACUCAAUUAGAAGGUUUAUUAAGGUGACACUAAGGUGCCUGUCAUGAACACUCUCACAGGAAACACUUCAAGAAGGGCAUGAGGAAAAGGAUGAAACCACUACACUUGGAAAGAGUUUUGCAGCUGUUAUUAACCUGGAAGAAGGGCAAGAUUCCUGCCAGCAGACAGCUGCGUGCCAGGCGCACUGCAUCCACUGCAAGCCCAAGAAACGUCUUUUGUUUUCGAAUGUGUAAUCCUGACAAGAAGAAAAGACAAAUGUCGGAGAUCUUCUAUUUUCCACCAGUAACAGUCUUUAGGAACGCGGUGAGGGGCCUCUUCUCCGCAGUCAGAAAGCGGAGUGUCUCUGUGGCAGCCAGCCGAAGCCCCGGGAGCUGGGAAGCAGCUGCAGGUGUUUUGGGGUGUCGCUAGUGCAGAGAUUACAGCGGCUCAGGCUGACAGGGCUCCUCAGCACACCCGGUCCCGCCGCCCUGCCCCACCGCCCCUGCUCCCGGAGGAAGCGGAGCCUGCCCUCCAUUUUCAUUUUCGGCCCUUUAUCGCAGAGUUUGAUCAACUCAACGGGCGCUUCCGUCCUGCUGUUUCUUGCGCAGCCAACCACUCAACAGAAUUCUUCAGCCUCUUGUUUCAAAAAGACCUUGGACAAUCUUCUGCUGUUCCACUCCCUUUGGUCUCACAUUUCAGCAAAAAAAAAAAGAUCCAAAGAGGAGGAUGAGGCAGCUUAGAGGAAAACCCAAAAAAGAGACCUCCAAAGAUAAAAAGGAAAGAAAACAGGCAAUGCAAGAGGCACGGCAACAGAUCACCACCGUGGUGCUUCCCACACUGGCUGUUGUAGUACUGCUGAUUGUGGUGUUUGUUUAUGUAGCAACUCGUCCAAAUACAACUGAAUGAUGCAGCUUUUCAGACUCUCUAGCUUUGGGAUAUUCAUUUUAUCAAGAGCCAAAAGGAACUCUCUUGCCACUCUUUUAGUACUUUGCAAAGGAUCUUGCUGGUAUUUUCAGUCUUUCUCUUGGCUAGGGUCCCAUGGAUUCUCUUUAGGAAUGUAACAUAAAACGUAUUAGUGAAUGUGCCAGUACGUUUUAUGGCCCAGUUAUGUGCCUUUCAGACUUUUAAAAAUGGUGUUUUUCUUAAAGCUGUUUGAAGCUCUAUAUUGUAAAAGGAAAUCGUGUUCUGCUAUAAAUUUGUAAAAAAUCAGCUUUCAGCUUUUAUCACUGUUACGGAUAAUGUUGCUCCCAUGAGCUCUUGUAUGUCUAUUUCAGAACUUCCAAAGAAGUACAUUUCUUCUUUGUACUUAAUGUCAUAUGAAGUGCUUUGAUUCAGAAAGGAUAUAUUUAUUUUUUGAAUAAAAGAAGUCUUACUUGGAAUCUUCAAAUUAUUUUGAAAAAAAAUGUGACAUUGUGAAAGCCUACAUUGUGUAAUAAUUUUUUCAUCAACCACUAUAUAGUUCACUCAAAAAGAAUUUCUUUUUGGUGUGAGAUACCAAUAUGUGAAGUGAAUACUUCAGGAUCUGCUUGAUGGAAUCUUAGGGAAUUUGGACAAGGAGAUUCUGCCAGGUUGUGGUGAAGUAACUAAUAACAAACUACAUAAACACAGAUAGUUGCUUAUAUGAAUGUUCAAUAUUUGAAACUAUGUAAGUGGCAAUAAAAAGGUGGUUUUGCAUAUA